UCUGGGAAAUAAAUGAGUAGAAGAAGAACGUUGAGGAGCACGAGCUUCGUUCGUUUUAGAAGAUGGCAGACGAAACUGCGUCGGUGAAGAAGAAGAAGAAGGCGAAGAAAGUCCGCGAAGAGGAAGUUGGGGAGCUCCAGCAGAGCGGAGACUUCUUCAUCCGUCCAGAAGCCAAAGUAGCGUCUUUGGACACGUCUCAGUGGCCGCUCCUGUUAAAGAAUUUUGACAAGUUGAACAUCCGGACCGCUCACUACACCCCCCUACCGAACGGCAGCAACCCUCUGAAGAGGAACAUCUCCGACUAUGUCAAGUCAGGUUUCAUUAACCUGGACAAACCGGCCAACCCGUCGUCUCAUGAGGUGGUGGCGUGGAUCCGGAGGAUUCUGCGGGUGGAGAAGACGGGUCACAGCGGAACGCUCGACCCAAAGGUCACCGGCUGCCUCAUAGUCUGCAUCGAUCGGGCCACACGACUGGUCAAGUCCCAGCAGAGCGCUGGUAAAGAGUACGUGGGAAUCGUUCGGCUGCACAACGCCAUCGAGAACGAACACACUCUGGCCCGGGCCAUUGAGACUCUGACCGGCGCUCUGUUCCAACGCCCGCCGCUGAUCGCCGCCGUGAAACGCCAACUCCGGGUGCGAACGAUCUACGAGAGCAAACUGAUCGAGUACAAUCCUGAGAGGAGGCUGGGGAUCUUCUGGGUCAGCUGUGAAGCAGGAACCUACAUCCGGACUCUGUGUGUUCAUAUGGGGCUGCUGCUCGGGGUCGGGGGUCAGAUGCAGGAGCUGCGGAGAGUCCGGUCUGGAGUUCUGGGCGAGAAGGACAACAUGGUGACGAUGCACGAUGUUCUAGAUGCUCAGUGGCAGUUCGACCACAACAAGGACGAGACGUACCUGAGGAGGGUCAUCUUCCCUCUGGAGAAGCUGCUGGUGUCGUACCGCCGGCUCGUGAUGAAGGACAGCGCCGUCAAUGCUAUCUGCUACGGGGCGAAGAUUUUACUUCCUGGUGUUCUGAGGUACGAAGACGGCAUCGAGAUCAACCAGGACAUCGUGGUGAUCACAUCCAAAGGCGAGGCCAUCUGCACAGCGGUGGCUCUGAUGACCACGGCCGUCAUCUCCACCUGCGACCACGGCGUCGUGGCCAAAAUCAAGAGGGUCAUCAUGGAGCGGGACACGUACCCACGGAAGUGGGGUCUGGGGCCGAAGGCGAGCAUGAAGAAGAUGAUGGUCCAGAAGGGGCUUCUGGACAAACACGGGAAGCCAAACGCCAGCACACCGAAGGACUGGAAGGAGCAGUACGUGGACUACAGUGUUUCAGUUAAGGAGGAAACGGACGAGUCAUCAGCAAAGCGGAAACGAGAGGAGAGCGAUGGCGAGACGGCGCCUGGCACGCCGUCUGCAGAGGAGGUGACGAAAGAGAAAAAGAAGAAGAAAAAAGAGAAGAAAUUGAAACUGGAGGAGGAGGCGGAGCCAGAGCCGGAGGAAACGGCAGAGGAGGUACCAACAAAGUCCAAGAAGAAGAAAAAGAAACUAAAGGAAGGUGCCGUGUCGGAUUGAUUUCAUUUUGCUCCUCGCCACCUCCUCCAUCCUGAGUUAAAGACUGUCGGCGUGUCGCAGCGAAGCUGAAGAAGCGAGCCGGAAGCGCGGCUGCUUUUUAAAAAUGAAACGUGUCAGAAAUGUAGGGGGUCGAGGUUUUUUCCUCUCAGCCCGGACUCUUCUGAUGCAGACGAGAGGAAGAGAAUCAUGUUUGAACCUGAAAUCACUUCUGAUCACUUUGCAUGAGUCAGAAAAGGUGAUUGUGUAU